UUAGACACAAUGCCCCUGUCAACCUGCUGGGAGACAGGGGUCAUUGGUCUCACGCAGGUUUUGGGCAUGUUCUGUUCUCCACAUGUGCACCUCAUCAGUGUUAAGUGGAUUUUGCAUUUAACAUUUCCUUUUGGCCUUACCAUUGCACAAACCACUGCAGUAUAUACCACCGUUAGAUGUUCAUGAAUCACGGAAUUCAUGGUUAUCGUCUGGUCCAAUGGUGUAUCUAUGUAGAUAUCAAGUCUAUCUGGUACUGAUCACCUCAACGACCGUAUGACCAAUAUCACUUCAGCAGUACUCUACCUAGUAGUAGGUAGUAGUGAAUAACAUAUCGCGAUAAAGACCACUAAGGUGAUGAUGAUAACUGAGAAGAGGCUAUGUAAGAUCAAGCAUCUCCUUCACCUAAGUUAUCGCCUGGACUCCUUUCACCAGCCUCACCCAGGCUCCCACCAACCUGAAGGAGGCCAUUGACUGGGUCCUGAGGGUAACUGGUAGGGAUGGUAGGAAGAAUGGCCCGAAGAAGUCGCCGGAUUGCCAUCGAAUGUGCUAUUUGGCUAAAGCAAUAAAGGACCUACUGUACGAUGCCAAGUCCCCGGGGUCCCCUGGUCCAAGCACUCAGAGGAACUGGGACGGCCUGCUCCUAGAGCAGGAACAGUCCAUAGUCAAGCCAGUGCUCACGGACCUGGGACUCCUUAGUGGUGGCAGCACUAGUGCUGCCAGUAGUACCUGCGCCGGUGGCACCGAGGUCAUAAAGGCACUGAUAGACCAGUUGGCACAGGGACUACAGAAGUGGGUUGGGUGGCAGGAAGGGGAUACAUGUUGUCUGGGACAGACAGCAAAGAAGAGUGAAGGGAUUGGCAAAAAAUGUGGUGACAAUGUAGGCUGCUGCGGUGGUACUAGGGGUGGUGGUCAUGAAUGUACAACGUGUGGUAUCAAUGCCAAUGGUGUUGGUAACAACAAAUGCUACCUCUCGGCCUACAAAAGGCAAGAAGGUACCCCCAAAACUACCCCUCAAGAAGACUACCUUUGGACCUCCAUCUCCAGUGACUGCACUAAGGUCCACCUCCUGGCCCGUAUUUUCCUAGGGUCAGUAUGUCUCAUCUGGAGUGGACUCAGUCAGUUGGGGUUUCUAACGGGUGGUGGCGAUAGGUGGUCGGAGAGUAAGCUGCACGAUAUCAGUAGUGAUCUUACCAAGGCCGGUCUUGGGUCAUUCAUGGCGGCCAUGGGCUAUGACCUGGAUAGGUUGAAUCAGGGAGCAGGUAAGUACUGCCCAGGGUAGUCACAUGGACAAGAUAACAAACAAUGCAUUUCUGUAGC